GCCAGAGGUGGAAAGAAAGUCCAGGAAUCCCCUUCCUGUCUUUCUGGUUUGUCUCUGGGCUUCCUGCUCGGGUCACAAGCGCCACAACAGCGGGCGGCUGCGGUGAAACUGAAGGCGGAGGAUCCAGCCCCAAGCAAAUCUCCCGCGGGCGCGGGGGAGGUGGGGCCGGUGCUGGGCGCAGCCUCGCUUCCCGCCCACCCGGGGCUGCGGCGGGGACGCUUCUCUGGGAGAUGUGCGGAAACUUGAGGUUUGGAGCCCGUUGGACCGGAAAGGGGCUGCGUAGAGCCCCGCCCUGGAGUGAAGGAGGAGCCUUCUCCUGGAGCUCCGAAAAAAGCGGAAGAAGGCGGCUUCGCUUCGAUUUACCCAGUGUGACCCCUCCAGGGCCUUCUCAGAUGGAUAAAACUCUGCAAAGAAAAUGUCUAGCACUUAUGUCUGCAGUAACUCCUGCCAAGGUUUACUGUUGCUUGUUCAUCAUUGCAGUCCUCACUACAAGUGUGAUUGUACUUUCUAUUGUUUUGUCAGAAUUUCCUGAAAAGAUACAAAGCCCUUCCAACCAUUGGAUUGGCCUUAGAAGAGAAUCAUCCCAUCACAUUUGGAGAUGGAUGGACAACACGGAAUAUAAUAACACGCAUGUUUUGAGACUUCUCAUCUUUCUGCUGUGUCUAUAUAUGGUUAUGUGUGUGAGUUGUGUUUAUGAGAUAAGAAAUGUAGUAUGAUGGAAAACUUACUGCAAUAUGAGGUAAGAAGUCUAAACUCUUUUUAUGCUCUUCCAUUUAUUAGCUGUGUCUUUGGGAAAGCUUUACCUAACUUUGAUUUCAGUUGAAAUCUUUAACAUGACAGUGACAUUUGACACAAUUUCACGCUUUCAUCCACUGAUUUAAAACUGCUGAAAUCCCUGCUUACAGCUGAUGUACAACAAAGGUUCUACAAUCAUAGGAAGCCACUGAGGAGCUGAUAUCCACAAGGCUGUUAAGCCCACUCUUCCAGCUGUUGCAUCCAUUUACAAUAGGAAAGCAUCCAGGGAACUCAUGGGAAUCUGUCUCUCCUAAAAUCUUAUCACCAGAAGGAAACUAGUAACAGUUCCUUGGACUGUGAACAUUUCAAAGGGGUAUUUUGAAUAUAAUCAUUACAUUACAGCAGAUAAAAUGUAGGAACCCAGUCAUAUCCAUUAAUCAACGCUAAGCCCUUUCAGGAAUUUACUAGUGUUUUUUUUGUUUGUUUGUUUUGUUUGUUUGUUUGUUUGUUUGUUUUUUUAAUUUUCACACAUUUAUAAAACAAUUUGGGAGGAGACUGGAAAUCAUCUUGAUGGAAGACCACCAAUGGCAGCAGUUCAUUUGGGUGCAGCAGCAAGCAUCAGUUAAAUACCUAUCAACAUAUCUGGGCUUGGUGUGGAUAAAUGAUAAGCUUGCGAUUUUCAAGCAAGGACCUUGAGGACAUAAAGGACGCUAAAUACAGAAAUGGUUUAUAUUACUAUGAAGCAAUAUUAAUGACAGACUUUUGCUUUUCUCUUAUCCACAUUAAAAUAUGGAGGGGGUACAGAAGAUGAUAGGCGAGGAACAAAUGCAGGUGUCUCACUUAUAAAUAUGUAAUAUUUUUGUGUUUGGAUUUAGGCUUGCUAUCAGAGGAGGUGGAGAAUGUGCCUUCCUGAAUGACAAUGGAGUCAGAAUCUUUAUAGACAGAAAACGGAUUUGUAGCAAGCCAAACAGUUAUGUCUGCAGUUGCCAGUUAUGUCCCCACUGGGAUCCUGCCUAGUAGAGCGUUGAGAAGAGGGCCACCAUCCUCCAGAAUCCAGAAUGGUAGAUUCAUCAGCAGCUUCCACCAUGCCCCUAGAAAAACUGCAAGGAACAGACCUGCACAUGUAUCCCCUAAAUCUAAAAUAAAAGUUGGAAAAAAUGCAACUUUGAUGUUAAGAUGCACUGAUACAAAAUUUAAAUUUUGGUCUCCUACAUUAAAACAAUAUGAGUCUCUUAAAAUAUUGAUUUGUUCUUAGUAAGAUUACAAGAGGCUUUGAUUUUUAAUUCUGCAAUGUUUCCUUAACAGCCAUUCUCUGAAUUACAGACCAAUUCCUAUUUCUGCCACAUUCCUUCCUCAGAACUGUCCAGUCCUGGUUUGGGGUUUAUCUUAAAGGUCUAGAAAGGCAACAUUUUACUUCAGCGUAACUUGAUUCUGUAUUGUUGUUUUUUCUUAAUGUGUCAAAAUUGUUUUGUUACCAGGACUUCCUAUGUUGUUACUAAACAAGUAACAACAUAUAAUUUGAUAAAUGCAAUAAUUUGAUAAAUAAUCCUUUGUGAACAAAUAUGGAAGCAUUUACUUUUUCUCUCUACUUGAUUCCUGCAAGUAGGAAUAUUCCCCUGAUCAAGGCAACUGGCCUAGAAAACAAAGAUUCUGUGUUUUACCAAGAUAAUUCCCAGUGCUUCAUAGUGUCUUUAUUAAACUUUGACUGCUUAGGGAAACUGAGCUUUAAAAGGGUUAAGGUUUUUACAUCCAUGUAACUUUCUGAGGUCUUUAGGUUGUCACUCUGAUUAAAUGAGUAGUAUUCUUGGCAGUGACUUAUGAUCUGUUGAAGGAAGUAUUUUAAGCUUUUUGACAUCCUUGGCAGGUUUCUCUAGAAUCCAAAUCCUAAAUUAAGCCUUUUGGCCUAACAUUGACUGGGAUUUUUCCAGGUGGGCCCCCUAGAUAUGCCCCCUCAAAAGGCAUAUCUUUCUUGUAGAGAUAUUAAAUGAUUAGGCUUCUUUGGUAAAUACUACUGGAAGCAUUGUCAAAUAAGAAAUGAUAAGAAAUGGUGUUUUACCUUUCUUUAAGCUAUGUUUGUGUAAGUUCAUCAUUUAUAGAAAUGUGAAAUUUUAUGAGAUUCCUAAAAUACUGACAUGCUGAGAUACCUGUAAUAAUUGCAAUUUUUUUGUGUUGGAUGAUUGUAUGCCACAGAAAUACUUAAAUUUCCUUGUUAAUUGAUAACUUUAAUCAGAUCUUUACCUAUGGCUGUUCUGGGUUUUUGUCAUUCACAGUUAUUAUUUUAAUUUCUUCUUUGGAAGCAUUCGCAAUCAGCUAUAGUCCAAAACUGCUAAUUAAGAUCAAGCAAAACAAAAUUAAUUACAUAAAAUUAAGUCAUAAAGAUGUUUUUAUGACUUCAAUGUUUUAUUUUCCAGAGCAAAGGAAAUUUUCUGUCACAAGCUAUCAAUCAUUUGCAAUAAUUUGAUAAAGAAUCCUUUGUGAA